CUCUUUCUUUUGAGCUUUUCUGAGCGUUUUUUUCUUUUUGAAGGACAAAGCAUAAGCAUGGCGGCGACUGUUGCGAACAAGGCCUGCUUGAUUGUCAUUGACGGCUGGGGCAUCUCGCCCGAGGAGAACGGAAAUGCCAUCGUUCACGCCAAGACACCCGUCAUGACGCGACUCGCAACCGAGUACCCGCACGUCCCGCUGGAGGCAGCUGGUCUGGCUGUCGGACUGCCCGCGGGUCUGAUGGGCAACUCGGAGGUUGGCCACAUGAAUGUUGGCGCAGGUCGCGUCGUGUACCAAGACAUUGUCCGCAUCGAGCUGGACAUUGAGCGUGGUCGCUUUGCCGAAAACCCGCGUCUGGUCGCUGCCUUCAACCGUGCCAAGCAAGGCAACGGCCGUCUCCACCUGCUCGGUCUUGUCAGUGACGGCGGUGUCCACUCCCACAUCAACCACCUCUACGCCUUCCUCGCCGCUGCCAAGGCUGCCAACGUCGCUCAAACCUUUGUUCAGUUCUUUGCGGAUGGUCGCGACACCAGCCCGAUGAGCGGAGUCUCAUUCAUCGAGAGCCUGCUCGCCAAGCUGCGCGAGCUCAACUACGGCAAGCUGGCCACCAUCAUGGGCCGCUACUAUGCGAUGGAUCGCGACAAGCGCUGGGAGCGCAUCAAGAUUGCCUUCGACGGUCUGGUUUCGGGUGAAGGCGAGCACGUUUCGGAGGACAAGCUGAUUGAGCGCGUCAAGGAGCUUUAUGCCAACAACGAGACCGAUGAGUUCCUCAAGCCGCUGAUUGUCAACGAAGCUGGUCUCAUCCAAGACGGCGACACACUUGUUUUUAUCAACUUCCGCUCGGAUCGCAUGCGCGAGAUUGCCGAGAGCUUUGGCGUCAAGGCUCCUUUUGAGCCAAAGCGCACCCCUGCUGACCUUCACAUCACGACCAUGACCCAGUACAAGGCCGAGUACCCCUUCCCGCAGCUCUUCCCGCCGCAGUCGCUGGGCGAUGUCCUGUCCGAGUGGCUCGCAAAGAAGAGCAUUUUGCAGUACCACGUUGCCGAGACAGAAAAGUACGCGCACGUCACCUUCUUCUUCAACGGCGGUCGCGAGCAGAGCUUUGAGGGUGAGGACCGCAAGGUUGUUCCUUCGCCCAAGGUGGCCACGUACGACCUGCAGCCCGAGAUGAAUGCCGAUGGCGUUGCCACCGAAGUGGUUGCUGGCAUCGAGUCCGGCAAGUAUCCCUUCGUUCUUUGCAACUUUGCCCCUCCGGACAUGGUUGGCCACACUGGCAAGUUUGAGCAAGCUGUCAAGGGCGUCGAGGCGACAGAUGCCGCUAUCGGCCGCAUCUUUGAGGCCUGCGAAAAGCACGGCUACAUUUUGUUCAUCACUGCGGAUCACGGCAACGCUGAAAAGAUGCUUGAUGGCAAGGGCGGUGCGCACACUGCUCACACGACCAACCCAGUCCCGUUCAUCAUCACGGACAAGUCGCGCAAACUGCUCCCCAACCCGCCCGUUGGUCGCGACGGCCCUGCCAACUUUGCGCUGUGCGACGUUGCUCCCACCGUGCUGAACGUGAUGGGCUUGGACACUCCCGCCGAGAUGACCGGCCACAGUGUUUUUGCAUAAAGGUCUGACACGAUGAUGUGAGAGUUGCAAAGCGGUUUUUGUGUUAUUAUUGCAACAAUACAAUCAUCCCAUCCA